AACACCACGUUUCAAUAGAACGUGUCCAAACUCGAAACCACCCCUUAGCUAUACACAGCUGCAAAUACCGCAUCCUUUUACCCUUUUUUUAAAUUUUAGUUUACAAAUUUUAAGAAUGAACAAAUCAAGAACAAGACGCUACACAUUGUUUCUCCUUUGGUUAAUCAUCCUAUCUCAUCAAAUCCGACCAGUUGUUUGUGAAGGAAACCAGUACAACGAAGAGAAACCAUCAUUGUUCCAGUUGGUCUCAAACACCUUUUCUUUGUUGAAGAAAUCCCAUCAAAGUUCAUGGGAAAAGGUCAAAACCAUCAUCCAUGAGUUCCAGUUGCAGUUCACUCCUCCAAGUCUAGAUUUUAGAGGCACAGGAGGGAAUGACCCAGGUAAGGCUAGUGAUGGAACAGGAGAGAAGGUGAAAGAAGCAGUGAAGGAUAGCAUUGAAACAAGUGAAGCAAUAGCUGAAGAAACUGCAAAAACUGCUGCAGAAGCUGUCCACAAAACUGAUGAGAAGGUGAAAGAGAGUGCUUCUUCUAAACCAGACGAUUCUCAUGAGGAACUGUAACCUAUAUAUCCCAAACUACUUAGAUGUGGGUGUUUUUUCUUUUUGUUUUUUUGGGGUAAGUUUAUUUCUGUUAUAUGAUUUUUGUUGACAUAUUAAUAAUUUAUAUUAUAUAAAUUUUGAUAUGUUUGUAUAUAAGCGAUAACUUUUUUCAUGGUUGGGAUGUGUUCAGG